GGUUGUUCACGCAAAAGUUUUGAAAUGAGUCAUCUAAAGAUAAUGGUACUCGCCCUAACCUACAUUUUGUCGGGAAGUGUAUCCUCCUAUCCGCUUGGUGAGCAGGCCACCCCUCUCACUCUGACAACACGGACAUCAACGUUACAACAUCAAAAUCCUAUUGAAGUCGGACUAAAGUCCGAAAUUAUAAACGUGGGAAUUGAACGUACCCGGAGAUCCAGGCAGAUGCCUUUCAUGAUAUUCGGCGGAUGCUCGCCAUACUCUGGACGUGGAGGGGGUUGGGAAGGCCCAAUUAUUUCAACCAGGGGGGGUUUCCUAACUACAAUUUAAGACUAGCAGAUACGGUAAAAUGGUUCAAUGAUGAGAAGGGGUUUGGAUUUAUCGAACCCGACGAACCGCCAGUGCACAUGGGAUAAGACGUUGUUAUGUAUAUAUGAUUAUACAUAAAUAAGUGGUACACAGUGAGAGGAGACAGAGGAGAGUAUUUAUUAGUGGAGAGUUAAAGAUGGAGUCAUGUACAGAUUCAUAACUAAUUACAUAUACAUAUCUACGUAGGCAUACAUAUACCUAACACUACCCUCUCACGAAAAAAUUUUUCUCCUGAAAAAUAGUCUGAAAGAGUGUGUAGAUUUGCAAACUAAAAAUUUCAGUAGUCACAAUUUGAAUUAGAAAUUUUGAGGGUUGGAGACAUAGGUAAAAUUCAUGGAAAAAUUAAAUAUGAAAUGACUCCGGAAAACAAACAUGAACAAAGAUUUUGCAUGAAUAACACUGAACAAUUUAAUACACAUAUCGAAUGACGCAGUAAUUUUGCAGGGCUGGAACUUGAGAAGAUGGUAUGGCUCGCAAUCGGUGGUGGAAUUGUGUCAUCUCAGGCGUGGUGGUGGUUGACUCAUAUAAAACUUGCAGAUUGGGACAAAACGAUGAACAAAGAAAAAUACAUUUUUAUG